AUGUCCGAGAGCAAAAGGGCCCCCGGGGCCACCGCAGGCCACAGGAGCCGGGUGGUCAGAGUCACGGUCAAGACCCUCAAGCGCAAGGAGCAAUUCGAGGUGGCCGACAGCACCCACGUCCAGGAGUUCAAGAAGCUGAUCGCUGACCGCUUCAAGACGCCCCCCGAGCAGCUGUCCCUCAUCUUUGCGGGUGAGAUUCUCAACGACCAGGACACGCUCGUGCAGCGCAAGAUUGGCGAUGGGUCCAAAGUCCACCUCUUCAUCAAGUCCCAGAGGAAGCCCUCGGGCAGCCCCGGGGACCGCCCAGCCGCGCCCACCGCCUUCCCACCGAUGCCAGCGAUGCGCGAGAUCUCCUCGGAACACAGCCUGGACCUUUCGGACUGGAGCAGCCAGCCGGAAGACCUGAUGGCCUCCUGCCACGAAAUAGUGGCCCAGACCAUGGAGAACCUCCUGCUGCAGAUGGUCACGCUGAACCUGGACGCCUCUGCCCUGAACAGCAACCCGCUUCUCCUGGGCUUCCUCAUCGGGGUCACGGGCAUGAACGUGCUGGACCUGAACGCCCAGGACGUCUCUGACUUUGUGGGCGAGGCCCAGGAGCAGGAUGCCACUCGGCAGGAGCUCAUCAUUGAGGUGAUGCAGCACCCCUUCAUGCAGAACCUUUUUGGGGACACCGAGCAAGUCAGGCAGAUGAUCAUGUCUGUGCCUCAGAUGCAGCAGCUGGCCGAACAGAACCCGGAGAUCCACCACAUCCUCAACAACUCCGAAUUCCUGCGGGAAAUGAUCGAUGUGGCCACCAGCCCGGCCGUCAUGGACGAGAUCAUCCGGAACCACGACCGAGCCCUGAGCAACCUGGAGAGCACCCCGGGGGGCUACAGUGCCCUGCAACAGCUGUACAACGACAUUGAGGUCCCCAUGCUGAACGCGGUACAGGCCCAGUUCCAGGGCAGCUCGUUUCCCCUCUCAGAGGCAAAGCCCUCCCCUGGGGGGGUCAGCCCCCUCUCCCGGACAGAGAACAGGGAACCCCUGCCGAACCCCUGGACACCCCAGCCCAACAGCAGCGGCGGGGACAACAUAUGUAACGGUGACCUCAGCAACGCUGGUAACGGCACUGAGCAAGGUUACGUCCUGCUGGCGUUGGGGCCCGGAGUCCGGCCAGGGCCUAGCAAGACUGAGAGCAUCCAAAACAUGGUUCAUCAGCUGACCGACAACCUGGAGUUCAUGCAGAACAUCUCCAACGCGCUCACGAAGCCCAACGGCCCCACCCAGAUGUUCCUCAGUCACUGCCACGGGGCUCCUCCGCCUCAAGAGUGGCCACAGCAGCUCCCGUCCAAGCUGGCCAAGUCAGCCUCUGCGCUGCUGCUGACCAAUCCCCGAGCGGUCCAGGCUCUCCUCCAGUUGCAGAUGAGCCUGCUGAUCCUCACCAGGGAAGUCCCCGAUUUCCUGCAAGCUUUGACGGACCCAGAUGUUGACCUAGAAAGCAUGGAAGACUCCGAGGAGGGAGAGAGCCCGUCAUCAGGGGCAGAGAGCUUCCUCUCCAUUGAAGAGAGCUUGGAGCUGGGGAGCAACGCCUCCAAAGCAGACGAUGAAGAGGAGGAGGAGGAGGAGGAGGACAUGGAAGAGCAAGCUCCAGAGGCCCUUUACCAGGGCCAGUUGGAGCAGCUCCGAGCGAUGGGCUUCCCCAACCAGGACCUGAACCUGCGGGCUCUCAUGGACACGGAAGGAGAUAUCAGUCUGGCAAUCGAAAAGCUAACAAACUCUCGUGCAUCCUAG